UUCAAGGAUCUCCACGUCGACUUCUCCUCUCUCCCUCUCUCGUUCACGGAGCCAGGCCUGCGGAAUCAGACUCUGUUUGGGACAGUUUUCUGUCUGCGGACUGUCAAUCCUUGAUUGCCGGGUCCUCCUAUCCGCCUUCGGUUUGUUACGGUUCGAAGAAGGAGCUGUACCUUAGCCUCUGCGAGCAGACUCUCCUCAUAGACGGUGGGGCAAAGGCAUCUGGUUAUCCCACCUCCGGGCCUGAGCUCUGCUUGAGCGCACUCAGCCAGCUUCGUGACUUUGCUUAACUUCCAGUGUUGCAAAGGGAUAACCUUUCACUAUCUAUUUGUUCUGUUAGCCUGUAAACACUCAAGAACUCAAAGCAACCGAAAGAGAGCAAAUCAGAACAAUAAUGGCAAUCUAUCGAGCGGUUGGAAGGAAUUGGUUAACGAGAGGCUUGUUGACUAUAUCGAACAAUCCCUUACGCGUUUGCAUAGUUGACAGUGGACCUGCUGGCUUUUACACAGCCGAGAAGAUGUUGAAGGCUCAUCAAGAAGCUGAAGUUGAUAUCAUUGAUUGGUUGCCGACGCCAUUUGGAUUAGUUCGUUCUGGCGUUGCACCGGAUCAUCCCGAGACGAAGAUUGUUAUUAACCAAUUUUCACGGGUUGCCAAACAUGAACGAUGCUCAUUCUUCGGAAAUGUCACUCUUGGAUCUUCAGUAUCUCUGGGGGAGCUUCGUGAGCUUUACAAUGUGGUUGUGCUUGCCUAUGGUGCUGAAAGUGACAGAUUUCUUGGAAUUCCAGGAGAAGAUUUGAAAGGCAUAUACUCUGCUAGAGAAUUUGUGUGGUGGUACAAUGGGCACCCAGACUUCAAGAACCUAAAUCCUGACUUGAAGAGCACUGAAUCAGCUGUCAUUGUUGGUCAGGGCAAUGUAGCUCUUGAUGUUGCUCGUAUCCUUUUACGACCAACUGCAGAGUUGGCAACAACCGAUAUUUCCAAACAUGCUUUGAGUGGUCUAGAGGAGAGCUCUAUAAGGAAAGUGUAUCUGGUUGGAAGGCGUGGUCCAGUCCAAGCAGCAUUUACCACAAGAGAGCUCCGUGAAGUUCUUGGUAUUAAAAACUUAAAUAUUGGCAUACAAGAAGCUGAUUUAUAUAGAGCCCCAGCAGAUGAGGAAGAACUGAAGAAAAAUCGAAUUCAGAAGCGAGUUUAUGAGCUGCUCUCUAGAGCAGCCACCUCAGGAUCUUCCGAGCUUAAUCCAUGUCAACGCGAACUUCACUUUGUUUUCUUCAGUAAACCUGAUAGGUUUCUUGAAUCAGAUGAUAGUAGUGGACAUGUUGCUGGUGUGCAUUUGGAGAAGACUGUUCUCAAAGGUGUAAGUCCUGGGAAACAGAUUGCUGUGGAUACCGGACAAUUUGAAGAUAGACCAUGUGGGAUGGUGCUGAAGAGUAUUGGCUACAAAUCAGUGCCAGUUGAUGGUUUGCCAUUUGAUCAUCAGAAAGGUGUGGUUCCUAACAUCAGAGGUCGAGUUCUCGGUAACACUUCAGGAGAUCCUGCACUGUGUGAAAACGGAUUGUACGUUUGUGGCUGGUUGAAGAGAGGGCCUACAGGGAUUAUUGCGACAAAUCUCUACUGCGCUGAAGAAACUGUUGCAAGCAUAUCGGAAGACCUUGAACAAGGAGUACUAUGGUCCUCAUCUAGCUCGUUAAAGCCUGGCAGAGAGGGGCUCCAUCAGUUGCUUAGUAAUCGAAAUGUUAGAUUCGUGACAUUCAACGAAUGGGAAAAGAUCGACAAUGAAGAGAAGAGGCGUGGGAGCUCGAGUAGCGAACCUAGAGAAAAAUUAAUCUGCUGGGAAGAACUACUGAAAUCUGCCACUUAAUAAAUCGAUCGCACCGUGGAUACAACUUUUCUUAAGCUGGAUUCUCCAAGCAGAGCUCACCUGUACCUGUUUGUUUCAUGGCUAGUUCUUCCUGUCCUUGUGUAAUUAUCUUACUUUUUUAUAUUCUUGUUAAUCUAUGUUUUGAUGGAUUUUGAUAAUUUCAAUGCUAGCAUCCAUGGCCUGAUUUUUGGCUGAUGGUUUGUUCUUGAAAAUUAGAAAGAACAUCAACAGUUUCAGCUGGCGCACUCUCUUUAGCUAUGAACAAAUAUUCUCUCCCCA